GGCUCCCGGGACUCGGGUUCCAGGCCCGCCACGGAUGUCCUGUGUGAACUUUGGCUGGGCGGUGUUCCCGUCCGGGCCCAAGUGUCCACAUCUGUGAAAUGGGGUAGUUAAGCCCGCCGAGGAUUAGGAGGCCCGAAGGAGACGGUGCCAGGCGGAGAUGGAUCCACUCAGGGCCCAGCAGCUGGCAGCCGAGCUGGAGGUGGAGAUGAUGGCCGAUAUGUACAACAGAAUGACCAGUGCCUGUCACCGGAAGUGCGUGCCUCCCCACUACAAGGAAGCAGAGCUGUCCAAGGGCGAGUCUGUGUGCCUGGACCGAUGUGUCUCCAAGUACCUGGACAUCCAUGAGCGGAUGGGCAAAAAGCUGACGGAGUUAUCGAUGCAGGAUGAAGAGCUGAUGAAGAGGGUGCAGCAGAGCUCUGGGCCCGCUUAAGGCCCCAGACAAGACACACCGUGGGGUGCACCCAGCCCCUUCCUGCUUUAAUAAAAGGGCCCCCACUGGGUGUCAUCUGUGAAAACUGCCAGGCCUAGGCAUUCGCUAGAGUCUUCAGGAACCCGGAGUGUGAUAGCGCUCUCUCCUGGUUGAAGAAGGGGCAUUUGUCACACUGGAAUGUGACUGUGAAUGUGUGUAUGUAUGUGUAUAUAUAGUAAAACCAGUUUGCUGACACCUA